AUGUCAGGUUUAGCAUGUAAUUCGUGUAACAAGGAGUUCGAAGACGACGCUGAGCAAAAGUUCCAUUACAAGUCUGAAUGGCACCGCUACAAUCUCAAGCGCAAGAUUGCUGGUGUUCCUGGAGUUACAGAAGCACUUUUUGAAGCUAGACAAACUGCAAUUGCUCAAGAGAAGGUCAAAUCUACUGAAGCACCUAUGCUUUAUAGUUGUGGUAUCUGUGGUAAAAGUUACAGGAGUUCCAAGGCUCAUGAGCAGCAUCUUAAGUCUAAGAGCCACGUUUUGAAGGCUUCUUCUCAAGGGAUGAGCAACGGAGAUGAGGAUAAAGCGAUAAUCAAGCAACUUCCUCCUCGUCGUGUUGUGAAAAACAACCCUGCUCAGCUUAAAGGUUCGAUUGAGGAAGAGAGUGAAGAUGAAUGGGUUGAGGUUGAUUCGGACGAGGACUUGGAAGGUGAAGAUAUGGAUGAGGUUGGUUCUGGUGAAGAUAUGGAUGAGGAUGAUAUCGACUUUGAAUUGGAUCCGGCUUGCUGUUUGAUGUGUGAUAAAAAGCAUAAGACGAUUGAGAAAUGCAUGGUUCAUAUGCAUAAGUACCAUGGAUUCUUUAUUCCUGAUAUUGAGUAUUUGAAGGAUCCAAAAGGUUUUCUAACCUACGUCGGUCUAAGGGUCAAGAGGGACUUCAUGUGUCUGUACUGCAAUGAAUUGUGCCAUCCAUUCAGCAGUUUGGAAGCUGUUCGGAAGCAUAUGGAAGCCAAAAGUCAUUGCAAAGUGCAUUAUGGUGAUGGUGGUGACGAAGAAGAUGCAGAACUAGAAGAGUUCUAUGACUACAGCAGCAGCUAUGUCAAUGAAGGCGAAAAUCAGAUGGUUGUAUCUGGGGAAUCAGUUAACACUGUAGAGCUUUUUGGUGGGUCUGAGCUCGUGAUCACCAAGAGAACCGAGAACAAAGUAACAUCUAGGACUCUCGGAUCUCGAGAAUUCAUACGCUACUACAAACAGAAGCCACCACCAUCUUCUCAGAAGCACAUUGUCAACUCUCUAGCCUCAAGGUAUAAGAGCAUGGGUCUAGCAACAGUGCAGUCGAAGGAGGAUAUAGUGAGGAUGAAAGUGAUGAGAGAGAUGAACAAAAGAGGAGCGAAAAUGCGCGUCAAGCUCGGAAUGAAGAGCAACGUCAUCAGAAAUCUGCCCAAUUGCGUCACAUAUUAG